UUGUCUAUGGAUUUUACAACACAGUGACAGCUAGCAAUGGCAUGUUAGAUACUGAUUCAAAUUGCAUAAUUUUAUAAAAAUAAAUAAUUAAUAAUAGUUUAAGACAAAAAAUUCAAAAUACCACUGGGCUAGUUCAGAUCGAUAGUAAAAAUAAUAGUAAUAAUAUCUCUACAAAAAUAUCAUUCUAAUUUGUGCGUACAUUAUCGUAGCAAUUACGAAUAUUUCGAAUAACAUGGUAUACCUACACUUUCCUUCAAAUCUUACUGAAGAAGAGUUGAUGCUACAAGCAAAAUAUCAAAAACUCAAAAAAAAGAAAAAAGCUUUACAAGCAUUAAAAGCUCCGAAGCAAGAACCAGAAAAGCCAAUCCUGCCUAAACGACCCACUGAAGCUAGAGACGCAAGGGAAAUUGCUCGGAAACUCAUUAAAAGUGGUGCAAUUCCUGCAAUUAAGAGUCCACCACCGCAACCACAGAAUGUCACCUUCAAGAGGCCCCGUGCAGGAAGGGAAAGAAAACUUAGUGGCUCAACAGGAGUAACUGGUGGUGUAGCAUCAUACCAACCAUUCAGUGCUUCUCAGGAACCUCCUCCACCCGAAGAAAAGCCUGCCCCACGGGUCAAAUACUUAUAUGAUUCAUUUGUCACUGCCCGAGAGAAAGAAGAAAAAGCUCCACGUAAUCAUAGUGGAGGUGAUCCUCCUACCACUGCAAAUAAAAGCAAUACUUUACAAAUUGCUGGCACAAGUAUUACUGAAGAAGUAUUGAGACGCCGACUAGCAUCACUCGAACCAUUUACAUUUAUACAAGAACCAGAUGAUGAUAAGGUAUUUUUGACAUUUGACACCCCAGAACUGGCAACCCAAGCACAAUGUACUUUGGAUGGCUGUGAAGAGGGCUGGCGCAUGACCUUUGCUAAGAAGCCACCACAACCUAAAGGCUCAUGGACUCCAUCAUCUUCACCCCGUAAUCAACCGCCUCCAAAAGAUUUUAAGAGAUCUCUUGUAACUUAUGAUGACAUAUUCGAAUAAAUAUAUAAUCAA